CGGUGACCGAGCGACAGACUCGAUGGUCGAUUGAGCAGGUCUGAGCGAGGUUCCCAGAGGGCUGCGCGGGGUCGGGUCUUCGGCGCUGUCAUGGCGGGUGUGCUGAAGAAGACCACUGGCCUUGUGGGGUUGGCUGUAUGUGAGAAUCCACACGAGAGGCUAAGAAUAUUGUAUACAAAGAUUCUUGAUGUUCUUGAGCAUAUCCCUAAAAAUGCAGCAUAUAGAAAAUAUACAGAGCAGAUUACAAAUGAGAAACUGGGUAUGAUUAAAGCGGAAUCAGAUGUUAAAAAAUUAGAAGACCAACUUCAACUUGGCCAAAUAGAAGAGGUGAUUCUUCAGGCUGAAAAUGAAUUAAGUCUGGCAAGAAAAAUGCUGCAGUGGAAACCGUGGGAGCCAUUAGUGGAAGAGCCACCUGCCAACCAGUGGAAAUGGCCAAUAUAAUCACUAAAUGUCUUCUGCGGGCUGAUGGGAAACUGAUGUAAUUAAAUGUUCUGUUAUUUUAAAAUGUCUCCAUGUUCUUGACAUAAUCAAGAAAACUGACACAGGACAUAUUGAAGAGACUAGCAUUUAGGGUCUUAUGAAUCAGUUUUUGAUUUGACGAGUAUUUGUCCAGAUUAUUUCAAAGAUGGUAUUUCUUUAAACAGAAAGAUUGUGGGAAGAUCUGAAAGUUAACUAGAAAAAUUCCUACAGAUCUUCAUUUCAGAGACCAAAAUCAGAGGCUUAAAUCUCUUUAGUAGUAUCUUUAGCAUGUUACUUAAUUUCAUUUCAUUAUCCUGAAAAAAAAGAGAAAAAGUACUUUAUUAUUAUUGUCUAAACAGCUUUACUGGUCACCGUUUGAGAUGAAAUAGUAAGCAUGAAAAUGUUCAGUUAUGAGAAUAAUGGCAAAAAUAGUUUGUGAUAAAAUUUUAAAUUGUGGACUUCCUUGGCUAUGAUCUAAUGUGUGAAGAAAAUUUAAAUAUAUAAUUCUAUAAUGACUUUCAAAUCCAUUAUAAAUAUCAUUUUAUUUUAGGCUGCAUUUGAAUUAUUUACUUUCUCUAUUUCCAUAUUUUCUUCAUUUUGUCACAUUUUGUUGUUACUUCAUUAGCCUUGAAAACCAUCUGAUUAGAAUUCAUUGUACAGUUGAAGUGAUUGAUUUUUAAUACUUGAAAAAUUUUUUACUGUUACGGAGGUGGUUGGAAAACCCUUUCCUUUUGUUUCAUUUAAGGAAGUUAGCUUUCUGGCCCUUAGCCUUUAAUUUUAUGGAUCAACCCAACUACCUCAGGAUAGAGGUAGAAUUUCUUUUAAAAAAGAGGGGAGUUUCUGAAGUUUACCUGGCACACAUGGGUUUAUAUUCAAAACAUCUUAGUUUUAUGGGUAUAAUUUCAGAGUGGAAUCACUAAGUAGUUUUCAUUGUUUCCAGUAUGGAUGCAGCUAGGUAUAAGAAGACAAAUGCCGUUCAAGGAAGGAAGGUGGCAAGCUCAUGGUUUGACAAAAAUCAGAUUACUUUGCAUCCAUCUUCACUUUUUCUUCCUAGCUCCCCAUUAUUUCCUAAUACCCAGUUAAAUUUAUUUUUUUCCUUCAUAGAUGGAUAGUUCUUCUUUCUCAGUCUGGGGGUGUUUAUAUAUGGGUUGUCUCUUCUGAGUUGUUCAAAAAGAGAAAAAAAUAGUAUUUUUCCUUUUUCCUAAUAUAUUUCUUCAUCAUAAAACUAUAACCUAUAUGCUAAUUAAUAUUAGGUAGUAGGUAGAUUGGCUUACUUCUUAGCAGUCAGAUGGCAAGGGAGAUCCUUGUGGAGGGGAAGUAGAAGUGUUAAGAGGGAGAGUCAAGCUCAGGGUUCUCAUUCUUGCAGUUCAGCACCAUUGUGAGUUCAGUGACUAAAGUGAGGAAAGUUGUUAACCUCUCAGAUGGCCUAUUUUCUCCUCUGUAAGAGAAACAGCAUUGAUGAUUUAUAACUUCCUUUUGCAGUUCUAACAUUUGCCUAAAUAUACAGUGUAUUUGCUAAGUUCAAAAUAUAGAAUCCUAAAGCAUGUGUGCAUGGAUGCUUUUAAGCUAAUUUUCUAACAAACUUUUUUUACAUUAAAAAAAAAAAAUUGU